CACGUGGUAGGAGUGACGUGCUCGCUCCCGGGGCCGGACGUGCUCGUAGCCGGUAGGGUGGGACUAGCGGAAGCGAGAGAAUCUGACAGAAAUAUUUGGUUGCUCUAUUGAAAUUUCUAAAAUGCCGGCUUAUCAUUCAACCCUCAUGGACCAUGAUGUAAAACUAAUUGGAAAUAUGGCAUUAUUGCCGCUGAAAACUCAAUUCAAAGGACCAGCUCCAAAGGAAACCAAAGAUACUGAUGUAAUUGAUGAAGCUAUCUACUAUUUUAAGGCAAAUGUUUUCUUUAAAAACUAUGAAAUAAAGAAUGAAGCUGAUAGAACCUUAAUUUAUAUCACCCUUUACAUCACUGAAUGCCUGAAAAAGCUGCAAAAGUGUAACUCCAAAAGUCAAGGGGAGAAAGAAAUGUACACCUUGGGAAUAACCAACUUUCCCAUUCCUGGAGAGCCAGGGUUUCCCCUCAAUGCUAUGUAUGCAAAGCCUGGACACAAGCAGGAAGAUGAAAUGAUGAGGGCUUACUUGCAGCAGAUCAGGCAAGAAACUGGACUGAGACUUUGUGAAAAAGUGUUUGAUCAACAGACUGACAAGCCCAGCAAGUGGUGGACGUGCUUUAUAAAGAAGCAAUUCAUGAACAAGAGCUUAUCAGCACCAGGACAGUAAUGUUAUAAAUGCAAAACGUCAUGCAAAUAUGUCACGCAGCAAGAUGUACAAAGUUUUUGUCUUGUCUUGUAAGAUUUUAUACUGGGUUUGGAUAUAAUAAAAGAACAGUGUCAUUCUGAAGAAAUUUUCAUUUGAAAGUUGACUGCUUGAUAUGUUGUUUACUUGAAAGCUUCUACUUAAUGGCUGGUGUUAGUAAUUGUAUCUGCAAAAUCUGGUGCCUAAACAGUGUUCAGUUAACAAAAAAAGCUGCUAUCCUUGGUAAGUUUAAAGCUGUGUCUUGAUUCUCAUUUAAUGCUCUCAUAUCGCAUAUGUUGGAUCAGAGUACGUUAUCAUUUAAUGCUACUUAUAUGCUACUUGCUCGUAUUAAUGAUAAAAAUUCCGCUCCUGUAACUGGUAUUGGAACGCUAACAUGAAAUUAGUUUGAUUAUAUUAGUUACAGGAUUUACAUUUCUGGUGUUUAAACAUUAUUUUCUAAAUUGUAUAAAAGCAAGAAUUAAUUGAAAGCUUUUAGAUUAAUAAAGGUUUGGCAAAGAUUUAGCUGAUUUAAAAAAAUAGUGCAAAUAAAAUGCUAAUAUCAA